AUGUUGAGACUUGACAACAAGGGUAUUAUGGUUUAUGUAAUCCACCAAGACAUCGAGACUUCUCUGCACAAGCCUAGCCUUUGUAUACUUUUGCUAAAUCUCAAUACUUGCGAACACUAUGUAUUCCCACCUUCACUUCAGGUGAUGAUCGCAACCUACAGAAGAGCCAUUAACUUUCUUUCUGAUGAAAUUAAUGAAUCAUCGCCCAUACCCACAUGCAUCACCACAGCACAUGGAGCGGAUCCCCUCACUCACAUCCCCCACCCUCUUCGAGUUAAACGAGAUGGUGUGUCACUGUCAUGUAUGAAUGAGAUGUCUCCAUAUGCGAAAGGGUGCAGCCUAGCCUAG